AUGGCAGAAGAGACGAGUACGCAGAAUGGUAAAGCGAAAAUGGGGAAAACCUUAAUCAAAAACUGGGUAGAAGAGAGGGCAGUGUCCGAUUAUGAUAGCAAUAACGAUAUGAAGAAGGUUUUACGAAGCGGACAUCAGGGAUUAAUUACUACUACUCACGAUCAACCUAUUGCAUGUAAAACUACUAUUAAGGACUCUUAUGCUGAACCUAAGAUAACUAAAACCAGACAAGUCGGUCGCAAAUUAGAGGCCGAACAGAGAGAGCUUUAUGAAAAAUUUAGUAAAGAAGUUUAUGAAGAUUUCAAUAGACCUCCAUCACCCCCUGAUUAUACAACAUCAUUCAAAGCCCACUAUCAUAAAGACUUUGUGCCAGUUCAGCGAAAAGAAACCCAGCCUCAUGCUGUGUAUGGAGAAGAGCCGGUUUCAUUCUGGACUACUAAUCGAGGAAUUAUUCAUGGUGAAUCGCAAUCCACUGGCACAAAUGCAACAUUUCGUAAAAACGCAGCUUUCAGUACCCCAGUUACGGAAUAUAUGAAUCAACAGUUACCACAUAAAAUUCAAAACUGGUAA